AUGAAUCAAUCAAGACAUUUCAUUGGAUCUAAUCCAUUGAACGCCAAUUCCUUUUUAAUAAGAAGUAAAAGUUUUCAACAUAUUACCACCAACUAUUAUAAAUCAUCAAUAAUGAAAUUAUGGAAACAUGAACAUUGGAAUUGUAUUCCAUGGAAAUCUGAUCUAACAUUAUUUCAAAAUAAUAAUAAUAAUAAUACACUUGAAAUGGAUCACAGAUCAUGGUUAUACUUAUAUUAUAAUACAAAAUAUAUACAUGAAACAACAGUUUAAAAAACAAAACAAAACAAAACAUCAAUGAGUAUCUAUACACAACUCAUGAAUAAUCUGUCCAGUAUGGAUCUAUUCAAUGAAUGGAGUAUAAACAAUAUCCUUGUAUAUGAUAUUUAAGAUAAAGUAGACUAUGGUUAAGAAUGAUUCUGUAUCAAUGGUCAACUAUUAACUUUUGUUAUAAUGAUGAUUAGAUAAAUUGUACGUAUAUAUAUUACGUUUGGAAGUUUGCCGAUAAAAUCAAUACUGGCUUCUUUCAUUAAAUAUAAUAAAGGGUUGUUAUAUAUUCAAUUUUACAUAUCGUUAUUUGUUAUAAUGAGAGAGAUUAGAUUCUUAAUAUACUAUGUACAAUGUGAGCACUGGAAAGUUAAAACUCUUUCAAGUUCUAAAUGAAAAGAUAGAAGAUAAGUAAGAAGGAAUGCUAUUCUUAAAAGUGUCAAUUAUGGUAGAAAAGUGUUAGGUAUUUAUAGGAAAUCAUCAUUAUAGUCCUCCCUCAAAAAGUGAAGAGAGUCAACUCUACCUCUCCUAAUGCUCUCAAAUGACCAGGCGUAUACAGCCACUGUCAGAGAGGUUCUAUUCACUGCGUUCAAGUGGUAUUACUGUUGUUUACGAAAUUGAAAGGAUGAAAAGCACAUGUCCUGCCCUCUAACCGGGUUGGUGGACACGAAGAGGGUUGUUGGAAAACCCUAAUCCCAAACCAAUGGUGCACAUUGGCUCCAGUAUCCUGAAGGAACAAAUGGCGUAUGAGCCCAUUGUUGGUCACCGGCUACCAUGGGACUGCAUCUCCUCACGUUGCUCCACUACCUUGCCUAUCAGACCUUUAGGUCAAAGACUCUGGGUGUGGCCCCCUGAGAAAACCACCUGUUUCGGUUUGGGCACCCGGGCAGUAUCGCAGCCCUCACACGAACCGAAUGAUUUAUGUGGCGCAUAUC